UGAAGAUGUUUCUCAAUGAACAAACGACAGUUUGGAUUAUUAUAUUACCUGCUAGGUAUUACCUAGCGACGUGAGACGAAUGCUAUGAGCCUCAUAGAGAAAGUGAGCCCAAAAGCAAUUAUAUGGUACUGUUGCAAUUGCUCACAUGGGGGAACUGGGGGGAUGUCCCUAGAGAUUAAUCCAGAAUGUGUAGGUUGCGGGCAAAAAAAAUGCAGCAACUGCGAGGUGGAAAAGGUGCCUUUAUACCGAAAACCCCCCAAAAUCAAGAGGGGCAUGAAUGAUGAGGCUCCGCGUGGUGACCGCCACGGAUCUAAGAUGCUGCAUGGAUGUAAGCCCCCUAGAGCAGCAAUCAUCAACAGAGCCGCACCGCUACAGUUGUCUCCUACCGAGGGUACCUUGGCGAGCAACCCUGAAUUAGCGUCUGUAAUUCGUUCAGGAGAGUGCACACCCCGCAGCAAUCAAGAGGACGACGAGGAUAUUUUUGAAUUAACGACUUUUGACGCGGUCCCAGAUACGGACGGGGACACGAAUUCUUUCUUCGACCCAGUAUUAUUUCCCGAUUCUGAAGGCCACGCGAGUGCAUUCAUUUGGCCACAAUACGAACCGGAAAAUGUAAUAGAAGCUUUUGACCCUAACAGAAUUGAUCUUCUCGAGGGAUUGAAUUCAGAUCUAGCUUUAGAUCCAUCUUUAGAUCCAGCUUCUAACCCAACGAAUUCCCUUGAGCCUCAAAUACCUGCGUCUAUCUUCCCCCCUGACAUCAAUACAAUUAAUCCUGCGCAUUUUCAUAAUGCCUUCCCCUUUCCGGCUCCGUGGACAGGCCACACUAUUCAAUCCCCCGAAUUACACAUGUCAUCCUUUCCAUACGAACAACCCUUGGAUUUACCUAUAGAACGGUUUUCUAACCCUACCCGUCAAUUUUCAGACAUGGAAUCAUUACUAGACCAACAAGAAGAAUUGCCCCAUCCCCAAAGCCCUUUGCGCCGCAACAGUGACGAUUGUCAGCCGAGCAUUAAUAAGAGAAAGUUCUACCAGGAAGGUCGGGAGGACAGACCUGCCCACAAGGCGUUUAGAGCAUGCGAGUCGUGCUCGUCAAUAGCCAGCAGCGAUGAAAAUAGGUCUCUUGCCUGUCUUUUCUACAAGCGUGAUCCAGCGCGAUAUGCAAGCUGCAUCAAAAAGAAGUUCAAAAACAUCAGCGCUCUGAGGCAGCAUUUAGACAACGAGCAUAAAUUAGGUGUCUACCACUGCAAAAGCUGCUGGAAUUCCUUCGCUGAUCAAAAGUCCCUCGAUGCACAUGCCGCAUGCGAACCAACAUAUGGCAGUUCUGUUGACCAACUUCCUCCCAUUCCUAAGGCCAGGGGUCCCAACCCUAACGCCACGUUCAACAAUAAGUGGUAUUGGACUUGGAAGAAGCUUUUUGGAGAAAGGACUGCUCUACCAGAUUGCCCCUAUUCGCACCCUACUCGGGAUAUGGCAGGCUAUCUAUUCAGCAAGCUUCUCCAAGACCUCACGACUCAAGGGACGAAGCUCGACAUCCGCGGGUUUGAAGAAGCAAUCUCGCAAUGGCUGGCAUCCUACCAGGAACCUUCAAAUGAAUACCCGGUGAUAGAAAUAUCCGUCGUACCCAACGCAGCUCAGAAAUCAUAAGCACGAUUAUUUUCGAUUCUGGGCACUUAAGUGGUCUCUGCGAAUUUCGAUAGCUGGUCUUCUAGAUUCGAACUCUACUUAACAUAACGAUCCGUCCUCGCUUAAUUCGGAUACUUUCCUACCCGACGCGAUGGAGGGACAACCUCUCUUUCUCUCUCGCUCAUAUAUAAACCUACAUAUACAACAAUGAUGACAGGGGUGACAGCAUGGAGGAAACCGAGGGAUUUUGGCGUUGUCAUUUAAGCCGCUCGUUAUUUUACUAAACUACUGCAAAUACUGCCAUAUACCUAGAUAGAGGUACUUGUAACUUUUCUUUGUUGUGGAUUCACCUUGACAUAAUUGAUAAGGAAUACAUUUAUAUAAUUUAGAACGGAACAAGCAAUGUUUAGGUUACUAUGGGUAUUUACGAUCAUAUAAUACACGAUGCUAAGUGGUUAAAAGAGCACUUGCAUUAUACGACAGGGCACUUCAUACACCAACAAUUACUUAUGUCAUAGUGUUAUUGUGUUACUCCUUGAGAUUUGGAUCAUAAGCAAGUGGUUUACAGAUAAAUUGCCUUUCUUAUGGAAUAGUCACAUGUGGAACCAUAAGAAAAUAAUGCAUUCAUUUAUAUCUUUUAUGCCUUAGGUAGUUUCGAC